CGGCAAUGCGCAGGUGCUGGUUUGAAAGUUGGAGGCGGGCGCUGAUUGGCGGGAGUUUCAGUUACUUUCGCAAUUGGAAUAGAGCAAGUUUUGUUACGUGAUAAAAGAUUCCUAAUCCCCGCCGGUGAGAUAGUGGUAACAGCGGCCCAGCCAUGGUGAAAGAAGGGAAAGCAAUGGAGAUAAAAGAGGCGUUUGAUUUGUCUCAGAAGGCGCACCAGAACCACGCCAAGCUGGUCUCCUCACUGCGCGCAGCCUAUAAUAAGACUGAGGACAAAUCCAUUUUCUUGGAAGAGUUUAUUCACUUCCUCAAGUUCCCUCUCAUCGUGUACAGGAGAGAGCCUGCUGUCGAGAGGGUUAUGGACUUUGUGGCCAAGUUUGUCACCUCUUUCCACAAUUCUGGCGGUGAAGAUGAGGAGGAAGCAGAUGAAGAAAACUCUCCUGUUAAUUGCUUAUUCAAUUUUCUGCUGCAGUCCCAUGGUGCCAGCAGUAUGGCUGUGAGGUUUCGAGUUUGCCAGCUGAUUAAUAAGCUUUUGGUGAACCUGCCAGAAAAUGCCCAAAUUGAUGACGACUUGUUUGAUAAGAUCCAUGACGCCAUGCUCAUACGUCUGAAAGACAGAGUGCCAAAUGUGCGCAUUCAGGCAGUUUUAGCAUUAGCCAGGCUUCAGGACCCCAGUGACCCAGACUGCCCAGUGUCUAAUGCGUACGUGCAUUUGCUGGAAAAUGAUUCCAACCCCGAAGUACGGAGAGCGGUGUUAACCUGCAUUGCCCCUUCAGCAAAAUCCCUGCCAAAAAUCGUCGGGCGCACAAUGGAUGUGAAGGAGCCUGUAAGGAAGCUGGCCUAUCAGGUUUUAUCUGAAAAGGUUCACAUAAGGGCCUUAACCAUUGCCCAGAGAGUCAAACUUCUACAACAAGGGCUCAACGACAGAUCAGCUGCAGUGAAAGAUGUCAUUCAGAAAAAGCUUAUUCAGGCUUGGCUGCAAUAUUCAGAAGGUGAUGUCUUAGAUCUGCUACAUCGUUUAGAUGUGGAGAAUUCCCCAGAAGUUUCAUUAUCGGCACUUAAUGCCUUGUUCUCUGUGUCCCCUGUCGGUGAGCUGGUUCAGAACUGUAAAAACCUGGAUGAAAGGAAAUUGAUCCCAGUGGAGACCCUUACACCUGAGAAUGUUCUCUAUUGGAGAGCACUGUGUGAACACCUAAAGUCCAAGGGUGAUGAAGGAGAAGCAGCACUAGAAAACAUUUUGCCAGAGCCUGCUGUGUAUGCCAGUUAUUUGUCAAGUUACCUUCAGACCUUGCCCGUUCUGUCAGAAGACCAGAGAGCGGAUAUGACUAAAAUUGAAGACUUGAUGACUAAAGAGUUUAUUGGGCAACAGUUGAUUCUCACAAUAGGCUGCCUGGAUACCAGCGAGGAAGGAGGCAGGAAACGCCUUCUUGCUGUUCUCCAAGAGAUCCUUGUUAUGCAGAACACCCCAACCUCUUUAAUAUCCUCCUUGGCAGAAUUACUGCUUUUUGUUCUUAAAGACGACGACAAGCGAAUUCAAACCGUUGCAGAAAUCAUCUCUGAGCUGCGAGAGCCAAUUGUCACCGUGGACAACCCAAAAGAUGCUGCUCAAUCCAGGAAGUUACAAUUGAAGCUUGCUGAUGUGAAAGUGCAGCUCAUUGAAGCCAAGCAGGCACUGGAGGACAGUUUAACUAAUGAAGAUUACAGCCGGGCCUCUGAAUUAAAGGAGAAGGUGAAAGAGCUGGAGAGUCUGAAAACUCAGCUCAUUAAAGAAGCCGAGGAGCCAGAAAUGAAGGAGAUCCGCGUGGAGAAGAAUGACCCAGAAACACUCCUGAAAUGCCUGAUAAUGUGUAAUGAACUUCUCAAGCACCUGUCACUUUCCAAGGGACUCGGGGGAACUUUAAAUGAAAUCUGUGAAUCGCUGAUUCUUCCUGGCAUCACCAACGUUCACCCGUCCGUUCGGAAUAUGGCAGUGCUGUGCAUCGGCUGUUGUGCUCUGCAGAAUAAAGACUUUGCAAGGCAACACCUCCCACUCUUAUUACAAAUUUUGCAGCUGGAUGAGGUGAAAGUCAAAAACAGUGCCCUGAAUGCAGUGUUUGAUAUGCUCCUGCUGUUCGGCAUGGACAUUCUGAAAUCUAAGCCCACCAAUCCCGAUGAUUCCCAGUGUAAAGCUCAGGAGAAUGCAGAUGAAGAUAUUUCAGAGCAAGAAAAGCCUGAUUCAGUAGAUGAAAAUCUAACGAAUGAAGAAGUCCAAGAAGAAACCGCCACUGUUAAUGGCAUCCUGCACCUAUUCUCUGGCUUCUUGGACAGUGAGAUUGCAGAAAUAAGGACCGAGACAGCGGAAGGCUUGGCCAAGCUCAUGUUCUCCGGAAGGUUAAUCAGCGCCAAACUUCUCUCCCGUUUGAUCUUGCUGUGGUACAAUCCCGUCACGGAGGAGGAUACAAAGCUUCGACAUUGCCUGGGAGUUUUCUUCCCUAUUUUCGCAUAUUCUUGCAGGUCAAAUCAAGAGUGUUUUGCAGAAGCUUUCUUACCCACUUUACAGACUCUCUUUAAUGCCCCAGCGAGCUCUCCUUUGGCUGAUGUCGAUGUUGCUAAUGUAGCGGAAUUGCUUGUGGAUCUCACCAGACCCAGCGGAUUAAAUCCACAGAACAAACAAUCUCAGGACUAUCAGGCUGCUAUGGUGCACGAUGGCUUGGCAAUAAAAAUAUGCAAUGAAAUAUUAAAAGACCCUACAGCUCCAGAUGUCCGUAUCUAUGCCAAGGCUCUGUGUUCUCUAGAGCUUUCCAGAGAAAACUCAACAGAUCUGCUACCGCUGUUGGACUGUGCUGUGGAGGAUGUGACUGAUAAGGUCUGUGAAAGAGCAAUAGAAAAAGUCAGGAGUCAGUUAAGAAGCGGUAGGGAAGAACAUCGGGUAUCUAAGGAAACGGAACCUCAGGUGUCUAAGGAAACAGAAGACCGCACCAAUUUGCAGGAGAACGAGGAAGGAAAACAAAAAGAUGAGGCAAAUUGUGAUGAGAACACCGACACAGUGAAAGAGAAAGCUGCAAGAGGGAAAGCUACUAAAGGUCGAAGGAAGGGACCUGCUGCUGCUGCUGCAACUCGUAGGAAAGCCAGUAAAGCGGAGGAGGCAGAAGCUGAAAUGGAGCGUCAGGAAGAGUCGCAGUGCGUUCCUGUCAAUACAAGACCAUCGCGGAGAGCUAAAACCGCAGCUUUGGAAAAAACAAAAAAGAAUCUCUCCAAGUUACUUAAUGAGGAAGCGAAUUAAAAGGUCUCAUGUCGCUGAACUACACUGUAGUGUUCAUGGCUCAUAUUCUUAUUAUUACUUUCCUCUCCAAAACCUCACAAUAAAGUUUGCAAAAAAA